AUGAGCACCUCGGCCACCAAUGCAGAGAUGUUUCCCGAACGGAUGAAACGGGCCGCAUUUCAGAUCAGCAUCAGGGAAUCUAACUCCUCAAAACCCGAUGUUAAUUCAUUGCCACAAGAAACGAUAGAUUUCGCUCGAAGAAUAUUUGAUGCUUGCCGGAAUGGAGACACAGAAUUGGUUUUGGCUGCUAUAGACGCAGGCCUUCCUGCAAACCUUACCAAUGACAAGGGUAACACGCUUUUGAUGUUGGCAGCAUAUGCAGGGCACACAGAGCUUGCCAAAGGAUUAUUGGACAGAGGUGGGGAUCCGAACAGAACGAAUGAUCUUGGUCAAUCCAUUGUGGCGGGAGCGGUGUUCAAAGGCCAUGAUGAGAUCGUACGUGCGCUGGUUGCAAAGGGGGCGGAUUCGAGGCAGGGCACACCAAAUGCAAUACAAGCGGCUCAAAUGUUUAGGAGGACGGAUUUGAUGGAAUUGCUGGGUGCUCGCGAUGAAGACCUGGUGAAGAUUCCAACACCGCCUCCUGCUGCAGAUUUUACACCGGAUAAGUAA